AGAGAGGCUAUCAAUUGAUUGAGAGGAAAAAUGAGCUUCAAAUUUGGGCUUGUUUUGGCUCUCACUUUCUCCAUCUGUGCUGCUUCAUCUGCUCAACCACAGUUGCACAUAGUUUAUCUGGGAGAACACGACGGGCAGAAGUCUCCGGAAGAAAUUACAGACACUCACCAUUCUUAUCUCAGCUCUGUGUUGGGGUCUCCUGAGGUAGCUAAGUCGAGCAUUUUUCACAGUUAUAGGAAUGUCAUCAAUGGCUUCUCAGCCAUGCUCACCCCUGAAGAAGCGAAGGCCAUGACAGGGAUGGAUGGAGUGAUUUCAGUGUUCCCUGAUGUCCCGUCACAGCUUCACACCACAAGAUCAUGGGACUUCAUUAGCUUACUCGAAGCUAAUUGGAAUGCCAAACGAGCUGACGGAUUGGAUAAGCUGUUGCGUAAGGCCAACUAUGGGAAAGACGUUAUUGUCGGCAUGCUCGAUUCCGGAGUAUGGCCGGAAUCAGCGAGUUUCGAGGACGCCGGGAUGGAUCCGAUUCCAUCGUCAUGGAAAGGGAUCUGUCAAACUGGACAGAACUUCACUGCAUCUCAUUGUAACAGGAAAUUGAUCGGAGCACGGUACUACACGACAGGUUACGAGGCCAAAUACGGUCCUCUGAACACGACCGUUGAAAUAAGGUCGGCGAGGGACAGCAAAGGCCACGGGACGCACACGGCGUCCAUCGCCGGCGGCCGGAGAGUUGCCAAUGCUUCGACAAUAGGUGGAUUCGGACUCGGAACUGUUUCCGGCGGUGCACCUCUUGUCCGUGUUGCCGUCUACAAGGUCUGCUGGCUAAGGGAAUGCACAGAUGCCGACAUACUAUCAGCAUUCGAUGAUGCCAUCGCCGAUGGAGUUCACGUUAUCAGCGUCUCCAUCGGCACAUCAUCAGCCCGGAAAUACGACCAAGAUAGCUUCGCCAUCGGAUCCUUGCACGCAACCAGGCGGAAUAUUGUGGUGUCUCUUAGCGCCGGAAACUCCGGUCCUGAUGCAGGAUCGGUGGCGAACGUUGUCCCGUGGGGUAUAUCUGUCGGCGCCAGCAGCAUCGACCGGGAAUUCCCGUCGCCGGUCCUGCUCGGAAAUGGCAAACAAGCUAAGGGACAAUCAGUCGCAACAUCCCAGGCAUCCACGCAUCGCCUUGUUUAUGCCGGAGACAUCGAAAUUCCAGGCAGGACCACGAAUGAAACAACAGGAAAAUGCCGUAGUGGUACACUUUCGCCGGGCCUUGCAAAUGGUAACGCCGUGUUUUGCAACGGCGAAGGGAGUCCUGCUCAAGUAAACGAGGUGCAAAGAGCCGGCGGAGUCGCAGUAGUGAUCCGGAAUGGAUUUGACGGAAUAGGAGUGCCACUUGAACCUUACACACUUCCGGCGACGACUGUCCUGAGUAACGAAACGCAAAACAUCAUGAGCUACAUCAAUAGUACUCGAGCGCCGACUGUCACAAUGACUCCGGCAAGGACAUUAAUCGGCACGAGGCCAGCGCCAUACAUGGCUCUGUUCUCCUCCAGAGGACCUAAUGCUAUCGAUGCAAACAUUCUCAAGCCGGAUAUUACUGCGCCAGGGCUCAACAUACUGGCUGCUUGGACCGCGGCUUCUUCUCCGAGCAUGCAGCGACUUGAUACUCGUGUUGCCGAGUUCACUUUCAACACCGGAACUUCCAUGGCUUGCCCGCACGUUUCAGGCGUCGCCGCACUUCUCAAGGCCAUACAUCCUACUUGGAGCAGCGCCGCCAUCCAAUCCGCCAUCAUGACCUCCGCCAAGGUCACGGAUAAUACUGGAAAACUUAUGCAGAACCAACUACAGGAACCGGCGACACCAUUUGAAUACGGCGCCGGCCACAUUCAACCAUCGAAAGCAGCCGAUCCCGGGCUCAUUUACAACGCUUCCUACACAGAUUACCUUCUGUUCAUCUGCAGCAGCACUGGAAAAUCACUGGAUUCAUCCUUCAGCUGCCCCUCUAAUCCUCCUUCGUCCAGCAACCUGAACUAUCCAUCACUCGCAAUCGCAAACGUGCAAGGAGUGAUGGUAAUCAAGAGAACAGUCACCAAUGUUGGCAACAGGACAUCGACAUACUCUGUGACAAUCGACGAGCCUGAAGGCUACUCAGUUGUGAUCGUUCCGAGCAUACUUCUGUUCUUCUCCCCAGGGCAUACCAGAAGCUUCACCAUCAUAGUUACAGCAAAAAGCAGCGCAGUGAGAAACCAGUUUGCAUUUGGUUCUUACACUUGGAAGGAUAAGUUUGGUCAUGUGGUUAGAAGCCCCAUUGCACUGUCCACGUCUAGCUGA